CAAAGUCAACUGCUCGACACCUCCUCGGCCAACGUGCCUAUAUAUUCUCGGCUAGCCGCGUCCGUACUCAUCCAACCCAACUCCAAGCACCUCAUCAGAUUCCUCGCCUCCGUCUCCGACCACCCACCAGUCAGGUAACUAGCUAGAGAGGAAGAGAUCACCGGCCGGCGAUCGAUUAUUAACGCGUCAGGAGAAGCGAUGGCUCGGCAACAAGGCGCCGUGGUGUUCUCGUUGCUUGCGGCGGUGCUUCUCUGCGGCUGCCUGCCGGCGCCGGCCGCCGCGGGGGUGCACCUCUCCACGCUGCCCAAGGCGCUCGCCGUCACCGCCUCCCCCAAGCCCGGCCAAGUUCUGCACGCCGGCGUGGACACGGUGACGGUGACCUGGUCCCUGAACACCACCGAACCCGCCGGCGCCGACGCCGCGUACAAGAACGUGAAGGUGAACCUGUGCUACGCGCCGGUGAGCCAGAAGGACCGCGGGUGGCGCAAGUCCGAAGACGACCUGAGCAAGGACAAGGCGUGCCAGUUCAAGCUCACCCAGCAGGCCUACGCCGCCGGCGCCCGGCGCAGCUUCGACUACGCCGUCGCCAAAGACAUCCCCUCGGGCACCUACUACGUGCGCGCGUACGCGCUCGACGCGUCCGGCACGCAGGUGGCCUACGGCCAGACGGGCCCCGAAGCCGCCUUCGUCGUCGCCGGCAUCACGGGCAUCCACGCCUCCAUCAAGGUCGCCGCCGGCGUGUUCUCCGCCUUCUCCGUCGUCGCGCUCGCCUUCUUCUUCGUCAUCGAGAACCGCAAGAAGAACAAGUAGGGGGCCAGCGGGCGGCCGUGUGGAACGCAUGGCGUCGUCGCGUGCUGAGUUCUUAAUUUCCGGCCCGGUUGUAAGCUAGCUUGGUCUGCUUCACGGAGACAUGUGAGUGGCCGGCCGGUGCUUAAAAUUGAAGGUGUGAGUGUCAGAGCUGCAUCCAUGGAUGGAUGGAUUUACACGGGUGCAGCGCAACCCAACUAUUUUCGGUGUAUGCUUAUUUCUUUGUCGUGUGCGUGAAGUGAAGAAGAUAUGAAAUAACUUUGGUUACGAUAA